CGAGAUCUGGAGGGACGCGGCGGCGGCGCAGCCUCUCUUCCCCCGGGAAGUCGUCGGGGCUUGAGGCCGGGCCCCAGACGCCCCGCUUGGCCCCGCGGCGCCGCCGAUGGUGCCAGGCGCACCUCCCCCCAGCGCAUGAGCAGCCAGCCUGCUGACCGCUGCUCCACACCUGCCCACCCCCCCACGGCCACGCCAUGUCCAGUUCCUACGACGAGGCCUCGCUAGCUCCGGAGGAGACCACCGACAGCUUCUGGGAGGUGGGGAACUACAAGCGGACGGUGAAGCGCAUCGAUGACGGGCACCGGCUGUGCAACGACCUGAUGAACUGCGUGCAGGAGCGCGCCAAGAUCGAGAAGGCGUACGCGCAGCAGCUCACCGACUGGGCCAAGCGCUGGCGCCAGCUCAUCGAGAAAGGCCCACAGUAUGGCAGCCUGGAGCGCGCCUGGGGUGCCAUAAUGACGGAGGCGGACAAGGUGAGCGAACUGCACCAGGAGGUGAAGAACAACCUGCUGAAUGAGGACCUGGAGAAGGUCAAGAACUGGCAGAAGGAUGCCUAUCACAAGCAGAUCAUGGGCGGCUUCAAGGAGACCAAGGAGGCUGAAGAUGGCUUCCGCAAGGCCCAGAAGCCCUGGGCCAAGAAGAUAAAGGAGCUAGAGGCAGCCAAGAAGGCCUACCACCUGGCCUGCAAAGAGGAGAAGCUGGCCAUGACCCGGGAGAUGAAUAGCAAGACUGAACAGUCGGUCACACCCGAUCAGCAGAAGAAGCUGCAGGACAAAGUGGACAAGUGCAAGCAGGAUGUGCAGAAGACGCAGGAGAAGUAUGAGAAGGUGCUGGAUGACGUGGGCAAGACCACACCCCAGUACAUGGAGGGCAUGGAGCAGGUGUUUGAACAGUGCCAGCAAUUUGAGGAAAAGCGGCUGGUCUUCCUCAAGGAGGUGCUGCUGGACGUCAAACGUCACCUCAAUCUAGCUGAGAAUACCAGCUACAUCCAAGUAUACCGGGAGCUGGAGCAGGCCAUCCGGGGGGCCGAUGCCCAGGACGACCUCAGAUGGUUCCGCAGCACCAGCGGCCCUGGCAUGCCCAUGAACUGGCCCCAGUUUGAGGAGUGGAACCCAGACCUCCCUCACACCACCACCAAGAAGGAGAAACAGCCCAAGAAGGCAGAGGGGGUAGCGCUGACCAAUGCCACUGGGGUGGUGGAGUCCACAUCCCAGGCUGGGGACCGUGGCAGUGUUAGCAGUUACGACAGGGGCCAGACCUACGCCACCGAGUGGUCGGACGAUGAGAGCGGGAACCCAUUUGGGGGCAAUGAGGCCAACGGGGGCGCCAACCCCUUCGAUGAGGACGCCAAGGGAGUGCGUGUGCGGGCGCUCUACGACUACGACGGUCAGGAGCAGGACGAGCUCAGCUUCAAAGCUGGAGAUGAGCUCACCAAGCUGGGCGAGGAGGACGAGCAGGGUUGGUGCCGCGGGCGGCUGGACAGUGGGCAGCUGGGUCUCUAUCCUGCCAACUACGUGGAGGCCAUCUAGCUGCCCUGCUCCCCUCCACACCACCCCCACUCCUCACCCACCACCUCCUCUCCCUGCCCACUCUCAUCCUCCUCCCCUCGCCAUAGAGUUCCAGACAUAUUUUCCGAUCAAGCUUUUAUUUUUUUAAAAGUCUAAACAGAACAAAACAAAAAAUACGAAGAGACAGAGCAUUUGCCUGGAGGCCAGGAUGGUGGGACUUGAGGUGAUGGCCCCAGGGUAGGUGAGCUCUUAAGACUUAGCCCAGCAGCAACAUCACAACAUCUGCUCUUCAGAUCCCACCAAAGAGUCUCCUGAGCCUGGAGGGGUGUCUCCUGGACUCCUGCAUCCUGCCUCAGUACCCCCAGCCUUCCCUUCCCCACCCUAGGCUGCUGGCAUCUGCCCGCAUUCUCUGGGCCUGGUUUUAUGACCUAUGCCUCCCCACCCCGCUCCCCUCCCACCACCACCUACUCUCAGAGGCCUCCCCUGCAGACCCCCGACAAGGGGGCCUCCCCUUUAGUCUUCCACUCUGCCCCGGGAGUGCCCUUCUCCUAGCGUCCCCCCAGGACUGGUGGGGCUUGAGGAGGGACGGUCACCCUCUCCUCCCAUAGAGCUUUCUAGGGGUCCCUAGACUCCCCAGGACAAGAAGAGGGAUGAACAGGAGUUGGUGACAGUGUCACUGGGGUGUAGGAGGGUGAGUGGACAUAGAACAGGCUCGGCAGAGGGACCAGGGCCCUGCUGGGACGCUUCUUUCCAGUUGUCAACACGUUGGGCGCAGGCUUUUCCUCAGAGCCAGACCCCCCCCCAGUCACUUGCAGAGACCCCGCCCCCCUCUCACAAGGCUUCAGGCAGUGGGGAGGGGCCCCAAAGCCCAGGGCAAAGCCAGCAACAGUAGCAGCCUACUCCCAUUUGCUGGGGAGGAGGGCAUCUUGCCCCCCUUCCCUCCCUCCCUCCCUCCCUCCACCUCCAUCUGAAACCAUAGACCCACUAGGCUAAGCUGGCCUCCCAGCCCUUCCUCCUCUGCUCUGGCCUGCCUGGGGAGACACUGGGGGCCUGGCAGGCAAAGGGAGAGGCAGGAGAGGUGUGGGUUUGCAGGAGGGAGGAGCCCUGGCCUCAGCAGCAGGACAGUUGCCAGCUCUUUCUUUCUUGCGCUUCUCCCCCAACCCCAGCCCUGGCCCCCGGUAGCCCCUCCUGCUGGUGGCCCUUCCAUCUCUCCAAGACGGGGUCUCAGUUAAAGGAUUUUUGUGGGUGGGAGGAGGCAAAGAGCUUCCCGAGAGCAGGAGUGUUUCCUGGGGUUGGUGAAAGGAAGUGAUGCUGGAUUACCAGGUAUUCGUACCAGGUACCAGCCAGCUUAGCCCAUAGGAGUGGGGUGGGGGUGCUUGAGAAGCCCACCAGGGCAGGACAAGACCCCUCAAGUCAGGGGAAUGGUGGGAAGGGGAGUCUCUCAGGAACCUCCGGGGUGAGGCCCUGAGACUUCCUGCAGCACCAGGUGAGGUUACUGCUCACAGCUGAUGCUACUUUUGCAGACACCCUAACCACUCGGCCCGGGCAGCACCUGGCCCCCCGGGCCUCCAGGUAAAGACAGUGUGAUACCCCAGCUCCUCUGUCACCCUCAGUCCUCUUUUGCUCCCUGUUCUCCCAACAGCCCACUCAGGACAUCGCAGACCCCAGCCUCAAGGCCCUGAGCCUGGUCAUGUGGGCACAGAGGACCCUGGCAGAGUCGCAGGGGCCUGAGCUGGGGUGGGCCUCCCUCAGGGCCAGGGAAGUUGGUAUGGGGAUGAUGGCACCUCAAUAGUCGGGCAAACUCCCAUCCCAGCACCCCUGUUCUUGUUACUGUCUGCUUUCUGGGCCUCUGCUGCAGCCUGAGAUGUGCCCUAGGCCCCUCAGAGCCUGAAGGAAGAUUUCGGAAGCCCUCGGGCCUCCAGACUCCAGAACAAAAGCCUCCUCAGCCUCUCCCCUGGGCAGGAGUUGGGUUUGGGGGCCUCUGCCCCUGGGAAGGCAGGAAGCCGGCACAUCUGCAUCUUGGGGCCUGGGCUCCCCCUCUCUGUGCCCGUGGCUUCCCGGCACCUGGGGAGGGGCUGUGGCCCUGGCUGGACCCCUGGCCUGUCCCGCUUAGCACUCUAGCUGCCUGCUUUGAGGCAGGGACUCAAAACCCCAUCCUUCUGAGCAACCACCUCCACAGCCCCGUUGGGGACUACUCUCUCUUUCAGUCCCCAGGCUCCUCAGGACCCCGGGGCGGGAGGGGCUCCCACCUGGAAGUCCCCCUAAGCUCCAGGGGCCCAGCCCCACCUGUCAGUGCUGGUGUCGGGCACUCGCCACCAAGCGUGGGGACUGCACCCCCACCUCCUGUAGCCCCGCCCGCCCCCGGAUGCUGCGCGGGCCGCCCUGCGGGGCUCGGCGUGUACUGUGUUUUGUCCCCAGUUAAGCACCGUUUCUGCAGCCUGGCUCUGCGAGGAGCCGGGGCUGCCCUGCCACCCGCCACCCUAGGCUUCUUGACUCCAUUAGUCCAACACU